AUGGCAAGCCGGAAUCAACAACAACAACCAGAAAUUUCUCAACCAUGGGGCAGCGGGAGCAACCGCAUAGCUGCUAUCAAUGCAGAGGGAACGACACCAUCUCCCAAUGUCACUACCAACAACGAUGACAAAAGUUUUGUCGAUCAGCAGAAACCUGGAUGGAAAAAGUUUUUGGCGUUCGUAGGCCCUGGUUUCCUUGUAUCAUUGGCUUAUCUUGACCCAGGAAACAUGGAAACUGAUUUGCAAGCAGGAGCUAGUCACCAAUAUGAGCUAUUAUGGGUAGUUCUUAUCGGAUUGAUCUUUGCUCUUAUAAUCCAGUCCCUUGCUGCAAAUCUUGGUGUAAGCACUGGCAAACAUUUAUCAGAAUUAUGCAAGGCUGAGUACCCAAGAUUUGUCAAGUACUGCCUGUGGUUGCUGGCCGAAUUAGCUGUCAUAGCCGCUGAUAUCCCAGAAGUGAUUGGGACAGCCUUCGCAUUAAAUAUACUCUUUCACAUCCCAGUAUGGGUUGGAGUUCUCCUCACUGGCUUCAGCACUCUCUUGUUGCUCAGCCUCCAAAGAUAUGGGGUGAGGAAGCUGGAAAUGUUGAUAGCGAUACUUGUAAUCAUAAUGGCUGGUUGUUUCUUUGGAGAAAUGAGUUAUGUAAAGCCUCCUGCAGUCGAUGUCCUUAAGGGCCUGUUUAUUCCCAAGCUUAGUGGCCAAAGUGCUACAGGCGACGCCAUCGCCCUACUGGGCGCCCUCGUCAUGCCGCACAAUCUGUUUCUGCACUCAGCUCUUGUGCUUUCCAGAAAAGUGCCCAAUUCUGUCCGUGGCAUAAAGGAUGCAUGUAGAUAUUUCCUUAUAGAGAGUGGAAUAGCCUUAUUUGUAGCAUUGUUAAUCAAUGUUGCGAUAGUGUCGGUAUCAGGCACUGUUUGCUCAGCCCCAAAUCUCUCAGAAAAUAUCAGUGAUCAAUGCAAUAAUAUUACACUCAACUCCGCUUCUUUCCUCCUCAAGAAUGUGCUGGGAAAAUUGAGCUCAAUUGUUUAUGGCAUUGCCCUUCUGGCCUCAGGGCAAAGCUCCGCCAUCACGGGAACUUAUGCUGGACAAUUUAUUAUGCAGGGUUUCCUGGACAUGAAAAUGAGAAAAUGGCUGAGGAAUUUGAUGACAAGGAGCAUUGCUAUUACACCAAGUCUCAUAGUUUCAAUUAUUGGUGGACCUCAAGGGGCAGGAAGAUUAAUCAUUAUUGCCUCGAUGAUGUUGUCAUUUGAACUGCCAUUUGCUCUCAUCCCUCUUCUCAAAUUUAGUAGCAGUAGCACCAAGAUGGGACCCCACAAGAACUCUAUUUAUAUCAUUGUAAUUUCAUGGAUCUUGGGCCUGGGAAUUAUAGGCAUCAAUGUGUAUUACUUGAGCACAGGAUUUGUAGGUUGGUUAAUCCACAACGACUUGCCCAAAGUGGGAAAUGUGUUCAUCAGCAUCAUAGUGUUUCCUCUUAUGGCCAUUUAUCUAUUAGCAAUCAUCUAUUUGGCUUUCAGAAAAGACACUGUUGUGACGUUUAUUGAGCCCACAAAGGAAGACCCAGUUGCCCAAACCAAUUUGGAGAAUGGGCUUGUAUACCCUAAUAGGCAGAUGGAAUUGGGUCAUGUACCUUACAUAGAGGAUUUAGCCGAUAUCCCUCUACCACCACCGUAG